CGAAAUAUCUCUGUAACAAUCUUCAACAUGUCCACCCUGGUAACAUCGAUAAUACCAGCUGCAACUACAGCACAGACUGUUUCCGCAACUGCACAAGCAUUUCGCAACGCGAAUGGCUCACCUAUCGUCAAUCUCACGGUCGGCAACUAUAUCACUAUUGUUGCCGUAAUUCUGUUUGGUGUCGGGCUUGGGCUAUUUAUUUGGUGGUACUGCGGGAAGAAAAGAGUGGACGCAAGAAACAAAGCGAAAGGUGUGGCAUGAAGACGAGCAAACGGCCUGAGCGAACACCCACCCUACGAUCCGGAGGAAGGACAUAGUCGCUCGGAGAAGAUAGCCCGAAGAAUGUCAAGUGGUAUAAGAAUCAUGUCCGAAGCAUGACGGCGAAGAGGGGCAAGGGGCGAUGAGAGGACUCCCGAAUUUAGACUUCCAGAAAGCCGGGGAACCAUACCGAAG